AUGGAGGACUUCCUGACUAAGAUAGCAGUUAUCUGUCUUUCUUAUAAGAGUAAAGAUAAGAGCCGUCUGAUUAAGCUUACAGGUUUGAAUGGCUCUAAGCGUGAGACUAUUGGCCGUACUUCUGAAGUUGAAGAUCUAAACUUUGAUAUUUCUGGUAAAGAUUUCUACGCUAGCAGCUACGUUGCCGUUGAUAAGUACUCGAAUACGUCUGUUGACGGUAUUCAUGUCCUUGGUGAUGUAGAUAACCUAAUGUACUCGGUAGUUGUCCUUGCUGUAGACCGCAUACUUGCCUACUGCAUCGUUGGGCCCCUGAGAAUAAGUCCUCUAGGGUCUUAUAUGACAAUAUCCCAACCGUCGUCGUCUUGUACCCCGAGAUUGGCUUUAUCGGCCUUCCCAGGUCUCCUCGUUGCAGGAUAUCUUCAAAAGAUCAUCCAACUUAGUGAUGCGCCGAACAUCAUCCCUCCUUAA